GCACGGCACUGAGGGCGGUGAUGGAGUUUCAUCUCCAGGCGGAGCACCAGGGGCUGCCCGCUGCGCCCAGCGCUGGCGGGAGAGCCCCAUGAAACCGCUGUUAGACCUGGGAGGCUCGCGCCGCACCUGCCGCGGGCUGGCUGCAUCCGCCGCAGCUCUGGGCACCUCCACGCACUUCCCCUCCACGUUCCUGGCUAAACGGAUGUCCCUAGUCUGGGCCACCAGUACAGGGGGACGGGGAGGCGGGCAACAGUGUCACCUGCAGAGCAGCCGAUGUCCGGCUAACAAACACCUGCCACUGGGCUCCCACCUGCGCCUCUGAGUGCCAGUCGUUCUCUCUUCAGUAGGCCGUGGCACGCCGUGGCCCCGCUGCUGGGGGCCUGGACAGGCGCCCCUGUUUCUGCAGGAACCCCACGAGCUGAAAGGCUGCAGCACGAGGCCGCACCGCGGGCCGGGCCGGGUCGGGGGGCCGUUCCCAGGUGGUGCUGUUGGGCCCACUCGGCACGUGGUGCGGGGCUGGAGCAGUCCCUGCACCCCACCUAGUGUCUCCGGGGCUACCCACCCCGACUUGUUGUCUUGCGUCGUCACCGGGCCACUGCAGUUCUGGCGCGCCCAUCCUCCAAGGCCUCGGCCAAACAGGCGGCAGAAGCAUGGGGCCUUGAGCGCAACCAGCCCCGGGCCUAAGGAGACCUCCCAGAGGCCUGGUUCCCUCUAGAGAGGCCAAAAGAACGGAAGACACACAGCUACAGCGCCCCCGCCCAACGCCAUUUUGGAGACUCAAACACCCUCUCUCAACUUGGAACAAUACGCGUGUAAAGUUGGCAAAGAGGAGACAAGAUGGCGCCUAGCGGGAGGAGCGGAGAAAGGCAGGGGACUAAAUGUUGCUUCCGAAGUGCGAGCGCAAACAAAAGCGCGAAAGAUCUGACUGCGCAAGCGUGCACUUCUGACACGCUUUAAAAUCCAAACAGCCGGGCGCCUCCAAAGCGCGGUCUCCGGCCGUGACCUAUUUCACGCUCCUGAAGCGAGGGUGGCGUAAGAAACGGCGAGGAACGAGGGGCGGUGCAACUUAGUCGUCGCGAGAAAAGAAAGGAAGGCAGAGUGCUCGGAGCGCGCAUGCGCACCGUCAGUCAAUGACGGCUUGAGAGAGACUGGCGGAAGCUCGCUUUCCAACAUGGCGUCGGAGGCAGAAGGACUGCUCAAACGGCUACUGGUGCCGAUUCUUUUACCUGAGAAAUGCUACGACCGACUUUUCCUUCAGUGGGACUUGCUUCAUGUGCCCUGCCUCAAGAUUCUCCUCAGCAAGGGGCUGGGGCUGGGCAUCGUGGCCGGCUCACUUCUAGUGAAGCUCCCCCAGGUGUUGAAACUCCUGGGGGCCAAGAGUGCCGAAGGCCUGAGCCUCCAGUCCGUGGUGCUGGACCUCGUGGCACUGACGGGCACCGUGGUCUACAGCAUCACCAACAGCUUCCCAUUCAGCUCUUGGGGUGAAGCCCUGUUUCUGAUGCUCCAGACGCUCACCAUCUGCUUCCUGGUCAUGCACUACAGAGGACACACUGCGAAAGGCACGGCUUUCCUCGCCUGCUACGCCCUCAUCCUGCUGGUGCUGCUCUCGCCGCUGACGCCCACGGCUGUGGUCACCCUGCUGCAGGCCUCCAACGUGCCCGCUGUGGUGGUGGGGAAGCUACUCCAGGCAGCCACCAACUACCACAAUGGGCACACAGGCCAGCUCUCGGCGGUCACCGUCUUCCUGCUCUUCGGGGGCUCCCUGACCCGGAUCUUCACUUCCAUUCAGGUGCCUUUUACAACCAGGAAACUGGAGACUACCUCAUGGCUGGCGUCUUUGUGGUCUCCUCUCUCUGCAAUGGCCUCAUCGCUGCGCAGGUCCUCUUCUACUGGAAUGCACAGGCUCCCCAAGAGCAGAAGAAGGAGCGGUAGGGCCGAAACAGCCGCCGAGUGCUUGCGUGUUUCCAUUCAUCCACCCGGCCUCUGGGUGCUCCCGCCCAAGCCAGGCUGCUGGUGGGAGUUGCAGUUCUAAUCUCUCCAUUCCUUGGGCCAGGGUUUCGGUGGACGUGGAAAUUGGGGGACCCAGAUCCUUAGUAAGGAUGGGGUCAUCUUCCAAGCUGAUCUUUGGACAUUAAAAUCAGUGACUUCCAGUUCUCCCUCCUCUGGGCCAGUGUCCUGCCCUGCCCUCCGCACUUCCCUGCUGGCUCCAGAGGACGAGCUGAGGGGAGGGACUUGGGGCUGCCUCUGCCCUGGACCCCAGUGCUGCGUGUGGGGGAAGGGGACAGAAUGACUCAGGCAGGGUGGGGUGCAGUGGCUCCUGCUCCGGCAGGUCCAGAGGAAGGGAGUGGAGCUGGUGCAGGCUCCUGCUGGAGUGAGGAGGGCGCAGAUGGGGCAAUAAAGACAGACGUGGCUCGGUUGUACAAAA